GACUCAGUCUUGAGGCACGUCUGUCUCGUGAGCGCUGCAGAGAGCUGUCUGUGGCAUUUUAUGUAACAGUUCUGAUUAGACACCGAACUAUCAGGAAACUUUACAACACGUGUACCGCUGAAAAUAUCUGAGUGAAAGAUGGAAACCAUAUCUUCAGCUCAAAUGAACUGAAAACUGAAGAUUAGAUGGCCAUCAGUUUUGUAGGGAACCCAUCCAAACCGCUUCAGGAAUAAUUCCGAAUGGCAGUCAUCAUACCUCAAGAUCCAACAGUGUAUCUGGAUACGAAGUUCCAGGCAGGUGACGUGCCGGAGAAACUGUCCUGGCUGAAUAAGCCUAAAGCUGCGCUUGUGGCUGGCUUGGACGGACAAGGACUGGUUGUACAUUCCGAUGCAAAAUCCGAUUUUUGGCAGAAAACCUACUACACCCCGACACUUAUAGCGGACAACGGACAUUUCCUGCACAUGACCAGUCCGGAUGACCAAGUUGUCAUGGAAACCUCCUUUGACCUGACGACUCACGCGAAUUUUGAUCAGGCUGGGUUAAUGGUUAGAAUGGACUCUCAUCAUUGGAUUAAAACGGGUAUGGAGUUCGCUGACGGCGCCCCGUCACUGAGCUGUGUGGUGACGAAUGGGUACAGCGACUGGUCCCGCUUCUCCUGGCCCUCCAAGUCCCUCAGUAUACGGGUGUACAAACAAGGAAACAGCUAUGUUAUGGAGAAUAAGCUGCCCUCCAGUGACAAGUGGGACUACUUCCGGAUCGCGCACCUGGACACUGGGGACUCACCUGUACAGAUCGGCAUUUUCACCUGUGCUCCAACCGACAAGGGCAUGAGUGUUAAGUUUAACUAUCUGUCCGUAAAACACACUGACGGAUAUAGUCAUCACAAUUAGCGUGUGUCCCGCUGAAAAAAUAUUUGGGGUAAAAAUGUCGUUAUUACGAGAAAAUAUAUUUUUCCGAAUUUUUUUUUGACAUUAAUGAGCUUCUAUAGAAAGACUGGCCUACAAUAUGUUAAAAUCCAGUCAUGAAAUAAUGUUACAGGUCAGGAAGAAACUACUUGUCAAUGACUUCAUUAUAUACAAGCCAUGAAUAUUCAUAUAACAUCGAAUGUAUGGACGAUGUUAAAAUAUGACAAUAUAAAAUAUUACGUAUACAGUUGUACAAAAUCAGUAACCCUCAGUUUGUUCAAUUCCAUCAUCUGUAAAGAUGCCCAUACAUACGCAGCUUGUAAAUAAAAUCUCAUUUCUAUCGAUAUCAUGCCUUGUUAACCUUUAUUUAAAUGUAUGUUAGCCUAUGGUAUUCCGUAAGAAAGUGUAUGUAUCACUUUUACCAAAUCUCCAACUAGUACUUUUACAUACUAUACCUGUUUAACUUUCAAGUGAGACUACUUUUAAUACCAUCUAAAGGAUGCAUGACCGGCCUCCAACUGGUUGCAAAUAUUCAUUGCUUGUUACCAACAGAUAGAAAACAUGCUUACAGUUAAUACCCUGUUUACAUAAUUAGAAAGAUGUCUGUAAACUGUCACAUUAUUCUCAGCUUAAUAACAUAAUAAAAAUAAUAAUAAUAUAAUAGCAUUAAAUUUGUGUGUCACUAUGUUAAAGCAAUAUUUCUUUUUAACAGCCACUAAACCACCAUAACAUUAUUAUUUAUUUGGUUGAUUUUAUUUGAUUGAUGCGGGCAGAGACCAGGGGAAACCCACGAUCAUAACAUUACAUCACGAUGCAACUGAUCACCACCCAACUUGGAACCGUACCCGUAUUGGCAAUAGUUAGAUU